AUGAAACUUUGGACCACCUCGGUGCUUUUUCUUCUCGUAGCUACUGCUUCAGGAUCUCUACGUCGACUGCAGACGUAUACUCAAACUUUCGAUUAUGAAGCUCUUAUGCUCGAGCGCGUAAAUCUCGAACGAAGUGCUCAAGGACUUCCACUUCUUUGCAUCAACAAGAAAUUGCAACUAGCAGCUCAAGGUCACUCGGACGACCAAGCUGCGAAUAAUUUUAUGGACCAUACUGGUUCGAACGGUUCCACACCUGCGGAACGAGUAUCUGCCGCCGGAUACGAUUGGCGUGGCGUGGCCGAGAACGUCGCUGCUGGACAAGUUGAUGUAACGGAAGUCAUGGAUGCCUGGAUGAACUCGGAAGGCCACCGUCAUAACAUCUUGGGUGACUUUACCAUGUUAGGCAGUGCCUACGCGUACACUUCAGAUGGACUGUACAAGCACUUUUGGACACAAAACUUUGGACAGAGUGACACGGAGUUAUGCGAUGGCAUGACAGCUACUACGACUCGUAUUCCUUCCAUCACUUCACCCACGACAACCGAUCAAGAUUUGAAUGCUACAAUUCCACAACGCAACAAGACCAUGUCUGCCCCGAAUCGACGAGAACCACGCGGUUUUUUUCCCUUUUCCUGCUCAACCACGUCACGAUCAAGUCUUCAUGUUGCAAUAGUGAUGAUAACUCUCGUGCUCCUUUCAAUGUGA